AUGGAUAAAGAGAUGAGGGUGAAGGAUGGCCUGGAACGUUUCCUUGCAACUGGCCAAAUCAGCCGUAAGCUGCAGGAUGAAUCAAAAAGUAUGCUGUUUGACUCAAAAGCAAAAAUUGCUUUACUUCGUAUGCAAAUUGAGAAGAUCCAGCGACAAGAGCAAGUGGAUGCUGGUCGAUGUGGUAAAACCGCGCAAACGAAAACAGAAAUGAUUGUUGACGAUCUUUUAUAUAGGCUUCGCAAGGAAGCCGCGAUCGCUGAAGGAGCACGAAAUAUGAUCAGAAUACUGAGUAGUCAGAGGAAAAGUGAUGGGAAAAGUGUUGCACAAGCGUUUGAUAAUGAGAUGCGAUCGGAAGAAAAACUGGACUUAAUCCGGUUGUCACUUGCAAAAUACAGCGCCCAGUUACCGAAUGACUCGGCGAAGAAGAAUGAAAUUCGUGAUGCGAUUUUGGAAUCAGAGCGUUUGCUAGUAAAUCCACAGCAACAGCGAACCGACGGGGCAGUAAGUCCACCACUUUCGGUGCCUGGAAGUCCACUACAGGAGAAUUCGAAAGCAGCAAGUUUACCGCGACAAGCUUUUUCGUCGAAGCGACCAUUUGCACUGCCACUGUUGGCUGUUAGUGGACGUCUUGAAGUCCGAUUGAUUGGUUGUCAAAACUUGAUGGUCGACAUACCACGUCGUUUACCGCGACCUGAAAUUUCCUCGAUGAUUGCUAUCGGUGGUGACAGUUUAUCGGGUUUUUCACAGAAAAGUCGUAAUACACGUGGAUUGGGUCCACGAACUGCCAGGUUUGCUCAGAGAUUUUUCGAUAAUUGCUGCAUGAUUGCAUGA